AUGGUGGAGCACAACGGCCUGGACAUUAUGUGCCUGAACAAAUACUGUAACAGUUCAUCCUCAUCGUCCAGCUCCGAGCAAGACAAGAAGAUUUUUUCCAAGUUGAGACUCAGUUUAUCAGAGGAUUACCCGAGGAAAAACGCAGAGAUCCUCAGCGGCCAGUACGGCACCAAUGUGCUGCUGAUCGGGGCGGCGUUGAUGCUCGCUAUUGCGCACCAUGGCCCAUCUGUCAAAGAGGAGCACCUGUUGUCCUUCGUUGCCUGCCUGAUGAUGCUCCAGCUGAUCUGGAUGAUGUGGUACAUCCUGGUGCGGGACAGACAGAAGAACACGCGGACUGACAAAGAUGUUCACGCAACUACGUGCUGGAUUAGAGGUAAAUCUAAGGAUUACGCACAAAUUUUAAAGUUGAAAUUCAAUGUUUCUCUUUUCUCAUUCUUGGAGAUUACAAAAGCAGAGAUUUUUUUCCUGCAUGUCUUUACCACAGAAACAAUUUUGAUAAAACCUUAAGUGUGUAGGCUGUUAAAAGUAAGGAAAUCUGAAAUCUAGCUUGUUUUCAUAUACAGUCAAAUAAAUUCACACGUUUUCUUGAAUACGUGGCAACUACAACUUUAUCUUUAUUUUUUUCCUCUUUACAGGUGGUUUGACUCUUCUCGCUCUCCUCUCCCUCAUCAUGGACGCUUUCCGAAUCGGGUAUUAUGUUGGCUAUCAGUCUUGUGUGUCGGCUGUUCUCGGGGUAUAUCCUGUCAUUCAUGCGACUCACACCAUAGCGCAGGUAAGUUUACAACCCUACUUUAAUUUCAAUAAAGUGAUAAUCUUUCAGCUGCUUUAGACACCGUGUCUUUUUUCCAGGCAGGUCUUUGAAUAAUGUGCUCUUUGUUGCUGAGGCAAGUACAGAGUUGCUGCAACAAUAUAAUCCUGUCAUUGUCCAUGAUUUUCAAGUGCAACUGCAUACAUCCAGGGAAGACUGGUUUAUCAAAAGAAAAAGUUCCAUUCAGCUUUUACUUAUGAGGAAUAGUUUGCCUGAGUUACUUGAUCAUUUUUAUCUAUUUCUGUUUAGGUGCAUUUUCUCUGGUUCCACAUCAAGGAUGUCAUCAAGAGCUUUGAAACAUUUGAGAGGUAAUUUUACGCCAACAGUUAAAUGUUACGACCCCCAUAAAUCAACAAACAAAACAUGAAAUAGCUGUCAUAAAUACUCUUCAAGCAGACACAUUAAAAACUACUAAGUGAGUGAUCUUCAACCUUGUUUUUGAUUGUUUGACUUCUCAGAUUUGGUGUAAUCCAUGCUGUGUUUACCAACCUCCUCCUAUGGUGCAACGGUGUGAUGUCAGAGGCUGAACACUUCUUGAACAACCACAAGAGAAGGCUCUCUGCCCUGGGCUACGGAAACCUCAGCAUAGGUAAGGGCCAAGGGGUCGAUUGCUGGCUUGUACCUGGAGGAAAAGUACAAUAGUCCACUUGAGAGCUCACUUCAAUGGAUGAAAGAAAAAGGGAGGAGAGGAGGGUCUGUGAGGGGGAGAAAGGUUAGCCCAGCAGCCCAGUGGGUCUUGUUUGUGUCGAACGUCCCUCUAUUAGGUUUCAGGAGACAAACAGUGGUGCUAGCACUGAGGCCCCCCUCCUCAGCCUUUUCCCCACACUUAAAGCCUCCACCACCCUCCUUGGCCACCCCCUGCUUGACCUCAGACGGCUUUGUCCUCAGGCCGCUUAUUCCCAAGGGUGCUGCAAUUACAGUAACUGAUACAUCUAAGCCCAGGGUUGGGGGGUUCAGCUGCUCCUCCUCAUAUCCGGCUGACUAUGAGGCUGGCUGCACCCUGACUGUUGUUCCCUUUUUAAUUAAAGGGUGCAGUAACAUGGUGGUGGCCUCUGGUGGGUGAGGGGCGGGGGGGAGAUGAGAGGGGGCACACGGCAGGUUUUGUUAUGAUGGUCACCAGAUGGCAACAGCGGUAACUUUCAGCUGUAGAGAAGAAUUACAAGAAUUCAGAUCGAAAGCUAUGCUUUAAAUGUUGUAAAAGUCACCAUACUACAGUUAAUCAAAAAACAAAAAGCUAUGGUCGCGUAUGUUUUAAAAUGAAUCGAAAUUACAACAACGUUCUUAUAUUUAUGUGCCAAAACUUGUCUGCAGCCCUAAGGCAAUUAAGAUGCAGCUCAAGCCCUAGGUCCUUCUUUUUACUGUUUGCGAGGGACAAAAACGUGUGCCAAAUGUGCAAAGGGCCCCCACUCUAUUAAAAAAAAAAGGAAAACAAAUAAACAGAAAACAACAAAUAACAUGAGGGUAAUAGAAAGGGAUGCAUUAUAUGAACGUUUUGGAGCCAAGACUACUUUCUUAAAAAUAACCAGAUUUUGAUGGCCAAUACUAAUAAGAUGCACAUCUGAAAGUCAAAAAACAAAACAUUCAUGUUCAUAACUUACUUAACUGAUCAGCUCCUCAUUUAUCAGAUGCACCUCUGGUGUGUUAAAAUGUCUUGGUUAGGUUAGGGUUAUCUUGCAGCUUUUUAAAAUUUGUUUGCACCUGCAAAAAAAUUAUACACAGGGUAUGAAAGCACAGAGGAAAUGUGCUACAGGAUGUGGAAAACUGGGAUGCACAAAGAUAUACACAGAUUGGUCAUAACAUUUAUGACCACUUGUGCAAACUUGUAAUCCAAUACAACAGCUUGACCAUAAACUCAACAUUCAUGAAGCCUUUGCAGUUUUAUUUUUCCAGUCAUGUUAGAAAGUCUCAGGAACCUUGCAGUGAGAAGGCUUGUUGCAGAAGAUGAAUGCUCAAAAUUUGAUUUAAAGAGUUUGAAAGUUUGAGUAUGACCUGAAUUUACUGCAUUACCAACACUAACAAACUCCGCUUCGGUCAGCGGUGCUCCAAAAAAAAGUCAAAAACAAGUGUUUGUUGUGCACUCAGUGAGGUCAAGGGAAGAUUACACUUUUUACCUUUUCUUGAGAAUGAAGUUCAGAAAUUAUACUUCUUCUAAAAUGUAUUUCCUAAUACAUAUAUUUCAUUCUUGUUUCUAUUUUAGAAAUCAUGCAUUUUGUUUCUCACAUGUUCUGGCAGCACAUUUAUUUAUCCUGUAAAGGACGGAUGUGUAAUGAUGAACACUGUCUCAAAAGAAAAAUAAGUAACUCAUCAUUCUGUCAUGUUUCUAAUUCAGUUCUGUGUGUUUGUUUGUUUUUCAGUUCACUCAGAUCCUCACUGUAACUGCACCACCAGCACUUGCUCCAUGUUCUCCAGCAGCCUUUACUUCCUCUAUCCUUUCAACAUUGAAUAUCAUAUCUUCGUUUCCGCCAUGCUCUUUGUUAUGUGGAAGAACAUCGGACGGACUAUUGACCUCUCUGUAAACCAGAAAAGGCUGGCCACCAAAACCCAGAACCUGACUGUAGGCCCCAUUCUGGGUCUACUAGCGCUGGCAAGCACUAUCGGGAUCCUGGUAGUCUACAUCACUCAUGUAGAGGAGUCCCUUCAAACACGUCAGUCAGCUAUUUCCAUGUUCUACAUUUACGGCAUUGUCAUGCUGGUGUUCAUGAGUUCUGCUGGUGCCUCAGGUCUGCUCAUCUACCGGGCAGACCACGUGCCACUGGACACCAACAAGAACCCUUCCAGACAGCUGGACACAGAGCUUCUCUUUGGGUCCUCUAUUGGCUCCUGGCUCAUGUCUUGGUGCAGCAUAGUAGCUGUGUUGGGCUCCAACAGCAAUCCACCAUAUCGCUGGACCAAUCUAGUCUAUUCUCUGCUCAUUGUGCUGGAGAAGUAUGUCCAGAACCUCUUCAUCGUUGAGUCUCUGUAUCGUCAGCAAGAGGACAGGGAGAGGGACAACCCUGAGCUACCGGCUGCUCCAGAAAUCUUUUCGGUGACGUCCUCUUUGGCGCCGCCUUACAACGGCAUCAUCAACCGUGCCUAUGAGACCCCUGACAGGCCCUGUGUUACGAUUGAAAAUGAGCAGGAGGAGAUAGGACAGGUGUACAGGUGUCCGAGAAAACCCUCUGAAGUGCCGCUGACUGUUGGGAACAAAGAGGUGGAGCCCCGAAACAUAAAGAGGCAAAUCCUGAAGAACAUUGCAGUAUUCCUGCUGAUGUGCAACAUUUCGGUAAGCGAUUGUUCUGCUCCUGGUUUAAUUCAAUGAGGUUAAGUAGGUAUAAUGUACAGGUAAUUGCAACCAAUAAGCUGUUUUUCUCUUCAAAGGCAGGGCUUCUAUUAAAAUCAACUAUUUGGGCCGUGAAGGCAUUUAAUCAAAACCAAAAACAGGUUUAUAAAGAAGUACAUAGCUGUGAUCCAGAAAUUGCCUUCAUUUUUGCCUUCAUUAAAUUUGCUGUAAUAAAUAAUGUAAUGUAAUAUAAAAAAAGAGAUUUAUUUAAGUAAUGUGAAAAGAAUGCAAAAAAAAAAAAAAAGCCACAACGGAAGUUAAUGACGCAAAGUGGAAAGGUUAUUGUUUAAUUUCGCUUUGUAAACUUUUCAAUGUGUCAUUUGGUUUGGCCUUGUAGCCACCAAGUCGAUAUGAAGUUGAUCUGAAGGAUGCCGGUGUAGUGUUAGCUUCAGUUCACCUUCAUAUCGACUCAGGCGCUACAUGGCCUAACCAAAUGACACAUUGAAAAGCACACAAAGCGAAAUUAAACAAUUACCUUUCCACUUUUUUUGCUCAUCUUUUCGCUGUCGUCUUCUGUGCCUAGAUCGUAAAACACCGGUGCAUCAUCAUUAUUGGUCCCCGGCAGCUCACUUCCAUUGCGGCUUUUUCAAAUUUGCAUCCUUUUAUUUUCGCAGUAUUAUUUUUUUUUUCCAUCGCUACUUUUUUUUUUUUUUUUUUUUUUUUGCGUCAUGAACUUGCGUUCUUUUUUUAUUUGCAGCAGUGGUGGUUCCUGGCCACCGUACUUUUUAGGUGAAAACUCUGUUAAAAAAAUAACACACUCCUAGAGCCAGGUUUUUCCUGUAGGGUGAUUGUGAAAGUGAAUGAAUUUUAGAUUUUCAUUGAUAAAGCUUCAUCAACAGGACUUGAAUGCAAAAUAAAUGAAGCAAAGAGGCAAAUAUUGGCUCCCAUUUGCCACUUCAAAAAUUGAUAACUGGUUUAUUAUUUGUGUGUACCUUGUUGGCCUCCAAGUAGCUAAAUACCACUGGAUGCAGCUUUAAUAAUUCAGACCUUUGUCUUCCAGCUGUGGAUCCUUCCUGCCUUUGGCUGCCGGCCACAGUAUGACAACGGGUUGGAACAAGAGACAUUCGGCUUCAACAUAUGGACCACAGUUCUCAAUUUCGCCAUUCCCUUGAACCUUUUCUACCGGAUGCAUUCGGUCGCCUCCCUCUUCGAGGUGUUCCGCCGAGUCUGACAGCAUAACAGAUGACUGACAAUGCCUGAUAACAUUCACAGGAACACUUGUCACCACCGGCUCCCCAGAGUGUGUCUCACAGCACAGGUCAAGCGUUCCGGAGGCAGUCUGGGUCACACUUUGACAGACAUGAAAGCAAGCCGUG